UUCAUUCUCAUUAACAUUGUUUGUUCACAAGUGUUGAGCAACGGGCAUACACAAUUAUUUAUUAAUCUCAGCUAUUAAUAACAUACGAUUCAAAAAAUCGCGGAAGCGGUUUCAUAAGUUUUAGUCCGUAAGUUAUAACACAGUGUACUUGAUGGAAGCAAAUAGCGCAAAAUAAUAUGUAUUGUAUGCAUGGAGUACCAGCACAAUAACUCUUUGAUGGUGUCUUGCAGAAUUAUAAUUAUGGGCAUGGAAAGUGACAAUUUAAUAGAAAGUUUUUGUUUUUAGAACUUUUUUACUACUUAAUAAUCAUGGCUUUGAAAUUUUACAAUGUGUGCAGCAUGCCCUUGGUACUACAGCUUGUGGUAUUAAACAUUUUAGUAAGGGGUCAGAAUUUAGGUUUGGAAAAACCAGGCCGAUGUGCUUCCGUUAGCGGAAAAUGCAGUGCCGGUCCAAGUCCUAGUAGCCGCUGUUUCUUUCAUUUUGAAUGCCCAGGGAAACAAUUGUGUUGUUCUAUCGAUGGAUGCAUUAAUGCUUGUGUCGAUCCUGUUCUGAAUUUUAAUGAUUCUCGUAUAAGUGACCUUUUGUCUAGAUCUGAUAUGCUGCUGUCUGCUGCUGAUAAUGCGUAUGUUCUGAACCCAAAUGUGGUCCAAAAGGGUCCAUAUUUAAAAUGCAAAGCCGGGUUGCUGAUCAAAACUUCUUACCGGUGUAACGGGAAGAACGAUUGUCCGGACGGUGACAAUUCAGAUGAAAUGGAUUGUCCAUGUUCUGCGGAUGAGGUUUUGUGUACCAACGGAUUAUGCGUCAAUUUGGCAGCAGUCUGUUUACCAACCGGAACACGAAAUGGUCUAUGUUCCGUGCCGAGCUUAAACUGCUCUAGUAUAAACUGUUCCAGCUCUGACCAUUUCCGGUGCAACAAUGGACAAUGUGUUCCGCUGAACAAUCGCUGCGAUGGGAUCUUUUCCUGUCUGGAUGGAAGCGACGAACAGGACUGCGCUUGCAGCAGUGGAAAUUUUAACUGCGAUGAUGGUUUAUGUAAAUCGCUACUGAAUGUUUGGUGCAAUGGCGCAGCUGAUUGCUCCGACCGUUCCGAUGAAUCUGCAAACUGCUCCUGUAUACCGGGGCAGUUUACAUGCACGAACGGUCGAUGUAUACCGCAAUACAAAAAAUGCGAUUUUAUAGACGACUGCUUAGACGGAUCGGACGAAACCGACUGCACAGUGAAAUGCACGGCGUCCAAUAAACUGUUUCAGUGUGGCAGCGGUCAGUGCAUCCCCGUUUAUUCCCAGUGCGAUGGGUUUCCUGAUUGUCAAGAUGCAUCGGAUGAGAGCAACUGCGUGGACAAUAAACCAAACAACUGCCAUCGUGCCGGGUAUUUUUCCUGUGGAAAUUCGUCUUCCACUGUCGAAAAGUGUGUGCCGUUGUCGGCUUGGUGUGACGGUGUCACGGAUUGUCCUGAUCACACCGAUGAGCCGCUGUUUUGUUCGACAACAUGUCCAAACGCUUCGAUGUCCUGUGAUGGAGGCCGAUGCAUAUCACUGGCUAGCAAAUGCGAUGGCAAAGUGGACUGCACAGAUAAAACUGACGAGAGCGGAUGUCAGUGUCAGGAAAACGAGCUGCCGCUUCCAAACAGCGCUUGCCUGGCUAGGGACAAAUUCUGCAACGGCGUGCGGGAUGCCGCUAAUGGUUUGGAUGAAGAACAGUGCAGAGCGUGUAAAGAGCGAUUAGCACAAAAUUUCCCGGGGAAAUUAUGUGACGGGAUAAUCGACUGUCCGGACGCAUCGGACGAACUGUUCUGCGGACACUGCACGACAGCGCAGUUCUUUUGUCAGAAAUCCCACCAAUGUAUUUUUCGUAAUCAGACCUGCGACGGCUAUCCCGACUGCAAUCCCUACGGCGAAGAUGAAGAGACAUGUCUGGGCGUUACUCCAGCGCCGUGUCACAUUGAUGCCGAUAUGACCAGCAUUCAGUCGGAACGUGCCGGCUGUUUGACUGUGCGCAAUCGCGGCGAAUGGAUGCCGGUGUGUGCGGAGCGCUGGCUAAGCUCCUUAUCCGAUGCCAUCUGCGAAAUUAUGGGCUACGAUAAAUCUCUAUCGACCAACCUUGUUCCUAUGGAGCCGGGUGAAAUCCCGGAAAGACCGCUGAAGAUGCCCCGGCAAUUUGACGGAGCGCAGCUGGUCAUUAGCGCUGCCUUUAGUUGUCCAUCGCGGAAGAAGGUCUACUUGGAAUGCGGUUCACUGCUGUGUGGGCAGAGUUUACCUGAUAAUGGCUUACCCAAAUAUAUAACCGGUUACAACAAAGUUGCCGCUGGAGAACAUCCCUGGAGUGCGCUCUUAUAUCAGGAUGGGAAAUAUAUCUGUUCGGCGGUGAUAGUGGACGCCGAAUGGGUGUUGACCUCGGCCAAAUGUGUCGCGACCAUCGAUUUGGCUUCCAGUUUUGUUGUAGUCCGCGUCGGCAUGAUACGUCGCUUUUCGCGCAAUGCUAAUGAGCAAUUUCUUCCGGUGGAUUUUAUCGCUAUGCAUCCAAAUUUUACUGUCAGUAUUAAUCCGGAAAUCGCAACGGCUGAUGCGGAUUUAGCGCUCCUGCACCUCGCGGUUCCGGUCCACUGGAAUGCCUUCGCGAAGCCGGUGUGUUUACCACGCAGUUCGGAUCCCCAGAAAGUAUUACUCUUACCGGAUGGGGAGUAGUUAUGGGGCAAAGCGUUUUUUCCAACGAAGAUGCCAUGCAACAGGUGACUGUCAAUGCCAUAAACUCGACAUUCUGCCAAAAAAAUCCGUUUCUUGGAAAAAAGCUUGACUGUUAAUUCAUUUUGUGCAAAUUUUUCCGGAAUCAGUCCAGGGAACUGCACAACAGACCACGGCGGGCCGGCAUUGAACAAGGACUAUUAUGGACGGUGGAGCGUGGUGGGUGUGGCGAGCUUCAUGUUAGGCUGCAACCAAACGGGAGCUGUUGUUGGUCUGGUCAAUGUUGCAAAGCACCGAACAUGGAUAACCGAUGUUAUGACUAAAAGUGCUCCAACGAAGACAUUAAGCGACAAAUUAUGCAUGAACGGAUACAGAUGCGAAGUCGGAAGCUGUAUAAAUCCCAGUCAACGGUGCGACGGCACGACUGAUUGUCCACUGGGCUCAGAUGAAUACAACUGUCUGCACACCGCUUUUCAGCAAAAUCAAACAGGCAGCUGCAAUUUUUCGGAUGCGUCUCUUUGCGGAUACCGGCAGGACAUAAGCGAUACGCUCGACUUCUAUCGUGGAAACGUUGGGGAUUCCAGUUUUCCCAUUAACCGCGAGAAAUGGCUGUUGAGUUUCAGCGGAAGUUUUCUAUACAUCAGCAGCUUAAUGAAUAACGGCGGGAAAGGAGCCACGGCCAGGCUGAUAUCGCCACGAAUCAAUCCUAUCGCGUCGGCUCGAUGUCUGAAAGUAAAUUUUCUAGCUGGGAACGGGAGUUUGACUGUCUACGAUUACGCCGAUCCCACUCGGAUGUACACGAUACCUAAGAUAGGUGACGAUGCUACACCGUCAUCGACACAGUGGGUACUGCCACAAAAUACUUCCUUGUUUGUGUUGGAGGCGAAACUCACCGCGGAUAAAGACGCUUUCGUAGCGAUGGGAGAUAUCGUACUGGACGCCGGUAGUUGUCCAAGUUAACUAUUCAGCAGCCAAUAGUCACGGAAAUUAUAGCCUUAGAAACAUUCUUAAAUUUUUAUUCACUGUUGUAUGAUAAGUCCACAACAGACGUUGGUGAAGGUGCUGACACGUAGUUUCCCAAUGGUUUUUUAUAGUUUGCAUUAUUUACAUGACGAUGAUGAAAUGAUACCAGAUCUGUCUUGUACCAUGCCAUGCGUGUACUACUGUAUCUUGUUUUAAACUCUGUGCCAUCGUAAUGGCAAGAGCAGAAU